AUGGCCGGCACGCGGCUGCAGAUCGUCGGCGCCUUCGUGCUGUUCGCGCUGCUGGCGGCGCCCGUGGCCUGGCACCUCACGCAGGUGGAGCGCGUGGAUCUGCCCGUGUCGCGCAUCCAGCAGCUCUCGUGGGACGCGUCGCGCUUCGGCGGGACGGACCCAUUCCAGGUCGAUAUCUACAGCGUGCGAUCGGGAUCUUCCGCGCCGCCUUCCAGCGCCCCCAACGUCGUGUACAAGACGCACAACUUAGAGCUAACAAUUGAGCAGAAGAAGACGCUGGAAAAGUCCGCGCAGUUGGGUCCGCAAGCCACGGACGAUGCGCUGCAGACGCUUGUGAACACGCAGCACAAGCGCUUCAGUGUGUUCCUGCUCUGCGACGAGAAGGCGGCGGGGUCUGCUCCAGUUCUGACGGUCGGGAAACAUCGCCACGCUUGGUCUUCGCAGUGCCAAGUGACGAAGGGGGAUGAAGUGCACUCGGCUAUCGAGACGCUGAUGACGCGCCAUGUGUACCCCCAAGCAGACGAGAAGAGCGAGAAGAAGAAUGUUGAUACGAGGACGGCGCGGAGAGCGCUGCACUACCGACUGCAGUUCUCUUUAUUGAAGGAGAACCCCACGACCCCGUGGAAUGAAAACCUGCAGACGCUUGUGGAUCGGUAUUUGGGGAAGCUCGUGCAGAAGGUUGGAGCGGUUGCCAACUUCACCGUGGAGACCCAGAUCGUGCAGUAUGCUAGACUGGCGAAGGAAGUCACGCCGAGCGCCGAUGGGACGGAGUUCUAUCUCAACGCUGAAGAUCUCAAACAGUUCAAGAGUGCGAACGACUUCCUGGACGCCUCGGUGCUCGGCGACGGAGAGCAAGUGUUGCACUUCAUGGCCGCGCUGCCCGAUCCUGCGCACGCUCCACUGUCUAUUCGUCCUGAUGGUCAAGAGAAGAGUUUGGCGACGUCUUUCGAGCUGCCUGGUUGGGGAAUCGCCGUCAUUUUGAACUCCCACGCGCUCAACGGCAAGCCUUCUGUCAACGCUACUGAAAAGGAGAUAGCUGCGUUGACUGCCAAGACGAAGGAGCGCGAGCUGCAGCGCGUCAUGGGGCUUUUCGUAUCCGAGUUGCGCACGCUGCUCGGCGUUCCGUCCUUCUCUCGUCGGCAGCAAAAGGAGGAUGCCACUCGGCGACUCCAGUUCCUGCCCUCGCCUGCCGACGGCAUUGCUGACUGGGAGCUGGACGUCGUCAUGCGCGACCGAUUCACGAAACUCAUACAGACAGCGAUCGAGACGCUGCAGUCGACUGUCAAGCUCGUGGAGACGCUGCCGGAGCUGAGCGUGCUGGAGCGCGUGCAGACCCGCGUGGAGACGGCCGUCACUCGACUCGAGGCCAUCCUCUGCGACAGCAACGUGGAGCAGCGGCAAGAGUGCGUGGAGGUGUCGGAUCUGCGCAGUCUGCUGGCCAUGGCGCGCCAGGCGUCGGAGCUCACGGACGCCGCGUACUACGACCACACCAUGAUCCGCCAGCUCUACUUCCCGCAGGAGCAGAUGCUGGGUGUGUACGCGCCGCUGCUCGCGCCGCUCAUCCUGCCAUUCCUGCUGGGCUUCGUCCGCGAGCUCAAGCGCUUCAAGGCGAAACGCGCGGCCAAGAAGACCAAGUUGCAGUAA